AUGUUUCCGGUUAUUCCUGACCUACUUUUGGUCUUUCAGAAAAGUGAGGCCAACGGAGGCAUACGCGCACGUAUCAAUCGGAAAGCGUUUGAAGAUAUUUCGCCGAUUGCCGAGCAGAUUCUGAACUCCGAGAUUACGAAGGCCAGGCUGCCGCCGAUUAGCCAGUGCAUUCCGCAGGCCGAUGGCUGCCUCCAAAUCUACAACAUCUUCGUCGCCAGAUACAAAUGCCCCACUUCGGUGAAAAUCCGUCCAGCCGAACCAAACGUGAUUAGGAUCUCGGUGAAGGGCCUGGAUAUUGGAGUGACCAGCAACCUGGGAGGCCGCUUCGUGAUCCUCAUGCCAAUCCAGUUGUUCGGCAUCGUGCAGGCCAAUUUGUUCCAUGUCUCUUUGAAGAAGCGCCUAUCGAAAAUCAUCCGCAAAAUGGCGCCCCCGAAAAUCUGCCAACAAUUGCCCCAGGUUAUCAACGAGAAGCUGAGCGGAAAAUUAUCAGCUAUCCCUCAAUCAAUUUCCGUCGGCCAGAUGGUGGACCUCUUUGGUAGCGCAUUGGGAUUAGAGGAAGGAGGCUCUGAGACGACUACGGCCAAUCAAACCCUGGAGUCAUUGGACGCGCAGAACUAUGAGAUCGAGAAGCAAGCCAUUGUUCGUGCACUAAUGGCCGCGAUGGAUUUGGUGGAUGGACCCGAGAAAAACGACCUCAACCGACUCCCCAGAGCCAGCAGAAAUUCGAUGGAGCCGGAGAGCUUUGGCGAGAUCCCGAAGGUCAGGAGAUCGUCUGGACUCUCUUCUGGACUCAAACGGAAACUACGUCAAUCUGACGACGAUGAUGACUCCUCAUCAUCAGCAACGCCAAGCGAUCCAAUGGCCCUCCUCAAGCAGUUCGCCUCCAAGCUUGAUUUUAAGAAACUCGAUGACGUCUCUGUCUCCCUCGGGCUGGUCAAAACCGAGGCCUCCAAGUGCGGAUUUGCCGUCGAUUUGGAUGGAGAAUUCUCGCAGAAUGCUGUUGGUGGUACUCCCUACACCCCAAUCCGUACUGACUUCCCGGAGCAGUGCGAUAGCCACCAAGCCGAGCUUAUCCUUUCGGACUAUUCGAUCAACACGCUGCUCUACAACCUGCAUCAAAAAGAUUUCCUCUCCGUGUCGCUUGGGCCUGAUACCCCCGUUAUUGGAGCUCUGUUGAAGGAUUGUACUUCGGAUGAUGAGGACGACGAUGAGGAUGAGGAUAAUGACGUUCAGCUUGAUGAUGAAGACGAAGACGAGGAUAAGGAGCUCAAGAAGAAAAAACGCCAUGUACGUCAUCACAAAAAGUCGGCCAAGCGCCAUACGAAGAGAUCAACUCGCCGAGCCGCUUUGCUAAAGGCUGUCAAGCUGCAGAGGGAUCGCAGGCAAAUCGACCUCUCCUCCCUCUCCGAGCUGGGCUUCUGUUUUGGAGCACUGCCCGGAAUCAAGGAGAAAUACGCCGGAAAGACUUUGAGUCUGACAAUCCAUACCAAUGAGGUGCCAAAACUGGAGAUCACCGGAGGAGAGGGAAAAGCGGAAGUCGGGGUUGACGUCGAUAUCUAUUUGAAUGGAACGCAGACCAAAAUCGCAACGAUUGUCAUCCACAUGAAAGCUUCCGUCAAGGCUACCCUGAAAGACGGAACAUUGAAGGGAUCGUUGGAAAUUGAUGAUCUUAAGAUUAACGACAAAGACGGCUCUACCGGCUUCCCGCAAGACGCUUUUGACAAUAUCAGCAGUCUGGCGAAGGACAUGUUAGGAAAGGUUGCCAGCGAGGCUCUAGAAAAGGGCAUUCCGGUCGAAAUCCCGAAGAUUCCAAGCCUGCCUAUCGAAAUUGUGAAUCCGGAGGCUCACUUCAUCGAGCACGGUCUCUACAUCGCCACCGACAUCACGACCGGACCGGAAGCCCUGGGGCUUCUUGGCGUUUCCCUGGACUCUGGGGCUCAAUGC